AUGGCGGCUCCUAUCACGACCGUCUCUGAAAGCAGAGACCUCCGGGGCCUCAAUUUGGUAGCAGCGCAUUCGCAUAUCAGAGGGCUUGGUGUCGACCCAGAUACUCUCCAGACUCGUGCCGCGUCGCAGGGGCUCGUUGGCCAGCAGAAAGCGCGCAAGGCCGCCGCCGUCAUACUGCAGAUGGUCAAGGAGGGCAAGAUUGCAGGACGUGCGGUGCUUGUUGCGGGACCACCUAGCACUGGAAAGACCGCCAUUGCCAUGGGAAUGGCACAGUCGUUGGGCCCAGAUGUUCCGUUUACGAUGCUUGCUUCCUCCGAAAUCUUCUCUUUGGAGCUGUCCAAGACCGAAGCUCUUACCCAGGCUUUCCGUAAAUCGAUCGGCGUGCGGAUAAAGGAGGAAAGCGAGAUCAUUGAGGGAGAAGUCGUCGAGAUCCAAAUUGAUCGGAGUGUUACGGGGGGUAACAAACAAGGAAAAUUGACUAUUAAAACUACAGAUAUGGAAACUGUUUAUGACAUGGGAACGAAAAUGAUUGACUCCAUGACCAAGGAGCGUGUAAUGGCUGGAGACGUCAUCUCUAUCGACAAGGCGGCUGGGAAGAUAACUAAGCUGGGCCGAUCCUUCGCUAGAUCGCGAGAUUAUGAUGCUAUGGGUCCUGACACCAAGUUCGUUCAGUGCCCUGAAGGUGAACUCCAGGUCCGGAAGGAGGUCGUUCAUACUGUCAGCCUUCAUGAAAUCGACGUGAUAAAUUCGAGAAGCCAGGGAUUCCUAGCUCUUUUCUCCGGAGAUACCGGCGAGAUUCGAAGCGAAGUCCGUGACCAGAUUAACUCCAAGGUCGGUGAAUGGAAGGAGGAAGGGAAAGCAGAGAUUAUUCCUGGUGUUCUCUUCAUCGACGAAGUGCACAUGCUUGACAUUGAGUGCUUCUCGUACAUCAACCGCGCGCUAGAGGCUGAGCUAGCACCAAUUGUUAUCAUGGCAAGCAACAGAGGCAAUACCAGGAUACGAGGCACAACAUACCAGUCCCCUCAUGGCUUGCCAUUGGACUUCCUUGACAGAGUCGUCAUUGUUAGCACUCAACCAUAUGGAAAGGAAGAUAUACAACAAAUCCUUGCCAUCCGUGCGCAGGAAGAGGAGAUUGACCUCAGCCCUGAUGCACUUGCUCUUUUGACUAAGAUCGGACAGGAAUCCGGCCUUCGCUACGCCAGCAACAUCAUCGCAACAUCAACCCUUCUUAGCCAGAAGCGGAAAUCUAAAGAAGUCGGAAUCGAAGAUAUCCAACGCAGCUAUAGUCUUUUCUACGACCCUGUACGAAGUGUCAAGUUUGUCAACGAGUUCGAACAACGAUUCAUCAGUGACUCCGGAAACGUCAACUUUUCAACGGCUGCCGCCAACGGUGGUGAUCCCAUGGAAGUCUCGUGA